GAAAUUUUUUAUGUAAAUAAUUUUUAAACCAAAACACAAUUAAAAUCAAAAAUAAAACGAAAAAAAUAAUUUUUUGGAGAGCGAGAAAUUCAACCAUUUCUCCAUCGAAUUGGCUAUAAACGUUAUAAGGAGAAUAAUACACACAAAAAAAACAAAUAUUUAACUGAAAUUUAUAUUAAAAAAAAAAAAAAAAAAAAAAAAAUAGGACAAAAGUGUUUGAAAUUAAUUUAACCGUCUGUCGAAAAUAGUGCCUGAAAAAUAAAUUUUGUAAAAUUAUUUUAAAAGCAAGCGUUAAACGUUAUAUUUUGACCAAAUCUACAAUAAUUAGAAGAACAACCAACAACACUACAAAACGUUACCACACAAAUAUCUAUCUAUCUUAAUUAUAAAAUAAUAACAACAAUACACACAAAAACAUUGGUUUACAGUCAACGCUGGAAAUCGAGCUGAAAAGCCGUUUAAUCGAAACGGAAGCAGAAACUCUUUAAGAGUAGUAGUAGUAGUAGUAGUAAUAGUAGUUGUAGUAGUAGUAGUGCUCAUCGAGAGUAGGUUCGCUUUUUUUUUUUGUUUUUUUGUUUUUUUUGCUUUUUUUUUUUUGUUUUUCGUUUUUCUACUAUCACCGGUGACACUAACACGCUGGCACUGGUGAACGAAGUUCUUGGUGGCUUUGCCUUGUCAGCGAUGCCAUUUAUUGAUGACGCUCUACUCUGGUGUCCGGAUAAUGAUGGUCGUAUUGUAGGUGGCUUGGAUAUUGCAACGUGUAUUCAGGAUGGAAUUUCUGAAAGUAAUGAAAACGCCAGCGAAAAUACUCAACUUGCCGAACAAUCAACAGAAUUGAAUGCCCUGGAGCCUUUAUGCAACGAAUCACCCGAUGAAUUAUUUCGUCAGCUUUCUGAAAGCAAUUUCGAAAUUGAAAGUCUACUUUCCGAUUUAGCUACCGUUGAAGUGAAAGAAGAGAACAAUAAUAUUAGCGAUAUUGCCGCAACCGAUGUUGUACGUGGUCCAACUGGAAAUUUUGUUACGCUUCUUAACAAUGCGAUCAGCAGCAGUUGUGGUGGGGUAAUUAAUUCCGCAUCGAAUACGGUGGCUGCAGCGGCAGCCGCCACCGCAAUAAAUGUAGUCAAUAAUGAUACAAAUAUACCGCUGCCGGGUGAAAAUUCUGCCGUAGGUUCGGUUGGUCCUACUGCUUUAACAUUGGAAACGGCAGCAGCUGUAGCAUCCUCAACUCAAGAACAGCAGGCUAGCAGUACAACAACACUAACAGCACCAUUUUUAAAUAAUAAUAAUAAUAAUAAUAAUAAUAAUAAUAGCAACAGUAACAAUAACAAUAAUAAUAUUAAUAAUAAUAAUAAUAAUAAUAAUAAUAACAAUAAUAAUAGCGAGAACACCGCGCCGUACGACGAAGCGUCAGCACGUUACCUAAUUGCUGCUAAUCCAUUAUUAGCAGAAAAGUUAAUGUCAAAAACUAUAAUACUCAGCCACAAAAAUGAUAAAAACGCAAAUUUUAAGGAUACCGAGAUUCCUAUUAUUAAACAAUCAACAAGUCCGGGACCUCAUCUACAGCACUUGUCUGCACAUCAAACACCACAACAUCCGCAGCAGCAGCAGGCGCAACAAAUUGCACAACAAGCACCCUUAACACCACAACAACAGCAACAACAACAACAGCAACAGCAGCAGCAACAACAAGCCGCAAGUCAAACAUCAUUUACGACAGGAUCUGGUUCAACAGCCAUCAAUAUUAAAACUGAGCAAAAUGUAUUGACUUCACCGCCACACCAGCAACAACAUCAGGCAUCAUUACAACAGCAACAACAGCAUGCCGGGGUUAACAUUCAGCAUGCAACGCCAUUAACUGGACCUAACGGCAAUUUGCAGUCAUUAACCAUACCGCACCGUCCUUUGUUGCAUAAUCUUUUAAGUGGAGGUUCUAUACAUAACACCCAUCACAGAAACUAUGUGGCAGGCACCAAUGGUUCAUUUCCGCCAAGUCCAGCUGAUAGCGGAGUAUCGGACGUCGAUAGUUCAAGUUCGGGCGGUCAGCCCUGUAGUGAUGAGCUUAAAGCACGUUUAGGUUUAGCACCGCAUUGUACAACGCAUAACCCGCAUUUACCAUCUGGCACAUUUCUUCAUCCAAAUCUUUAUCAGAAUUCUAAUUCCCUGAGAAAUAUAUGGAAUCGCGGUGUUGGAAUGCCGGAAAACUAUUAUCUACCAUUGGCCACGAAUGGCGGCAAUCCGUCAAGUAGUGGGCCAGUAGGUAGUAGCAAUGUUACCUGCAGUUCAACAGGCACAAAUGGUUUGCCGGCAAAUGGUUCAUAUGCGGCCGCCACGCCCUAUUUUACAACACCAUCACCGCCACGGGCAAAUGUUGGUCUGAGCGCUCAUCAUUCCCUACAUCCGCAUCAACCGCACGCAUUGCAUACGCAUCAGCAGCAUUCCUCAGUGUCGAAUAAUACGGUCGGGUCGACAAGUAACGUUCUAACGCCGAAUAGCGUGCUACCGCAUCAACAAAGUGUUAUACAACCGGCCACCUCAAGUGUCAAUUAUGACCUAUCCUAUAUGCUGGAAUUAGGCGGCUUUCAGCAGCGUAAAGUGAAAAAACCCCGUAAACCAAAAAUUGAAAUGGGCGUAAAGAGACGUAGCCGUGAAGGCUCUACCACUUAUCUAUGGGAAUUUUUACUUAAAUUGCUUCAGGAUCGUGAAUAUUGUCCACGUUUUAUAAAAUGGACAAACCGCGAAAAAGGAGUAUUUAAAUUAGUUGAUUCCAAGGCUGUAUCACGGUUAUGGGGUAUGCAUAAAAAUAAGCCCGACAUGAAUUAUGAAACGAUGGGUAGGGCAUUACGCUACUAUUAUCAGCGCGGCAUACUCGCCAAGGUGGACGGCCAACGUUUAGUUUAUCAAUUUGUUGAUGUUCCCAAGGAUAUAGUGGAGAUUGAUUGCAAUGGAGUUUAAGAGCCGGUAAUGAUGCUAACUAAUGAUGCAAUAUUUCUAACGCAAUGAACAUCAUGAACAAAGCAAGCAAUCUUUUGUAAAUCUUAUAAUGGCAUGACAGGGAAAGAGUCGAAAUGUUUUUUGUUGUUUAUUUGAAAUUUGUGCAAUAAUGAGAUCGUUAGCGUUAAAGAGAUGAUCGCCAAAGCCCAGAUUAAUACGGUACUUGGCUUUAAAGCACUGACUGUGAUGCUACUAAAGGAGGAUAUUUGCGCUUUGAUGGACAUAUGCGAAAUUAUUUCCCUCUAUUUUCACGUCCUUUCGCACUAGAAAAACGAUAAAGAAAAGGAACGAAAUACGAAAUGCAACACGCCUACGAAAGUGUGGAUCAUUGCCGACAUUUUGCACUUCUUUCCAAUGGUAAAUAUACAGAAAAAAGAAAA